AUGAAUGUAUUUACGAUCGGGGGCUCGUGCAACAUUGGGUAUCACGCCAGUGUGCGUCUACUCAAGAAGGGCGCAACAGUGACUUUCCUGCUGCGUCGGACAGAAGUGUUCGAUGCAGAUGAAGUGAUACAGGAGUAUUUGGCAAAAGGAAAGGUCAGGUUAGUGAAGGGGGAUGCGCUGAACAAGGAUCAGGUGCAGCAUGGAUGGGCAGUGGCGGGCAAGCGGGAAGGAGCUGAUGGGUCAUCGUCAGAAGGAGGGGUCGAUGUCCUGCUCUUCACAGUCGGCAAGAAUCGAGGGGUGCCUUCCUUUCAUCCCCUACGUGGGUUCGUCAUAAAUCCACCAGAUCUGUGUUCCCGCUCGGCCUUGAACGCGCUGUCCACGAUUCCCCCGGAGCAUUCAUAUCCGCGCAUUGUAGCUGUCACAUCUGUCGGCCUGACGCCCGCUGCACACGCUUCCAUGCCCUUCGCGCUCCGCUCCAUGUACACCCUCCUCCUUGGCCCGCCCCACAAAGACAAGCGUGGUGCAGAGCGCGUGCUCGCGCACUGUAUGGGCACUAAGGGGCCGAAGGAAACUAUACUUCCACCUGAUUGGGAGCAGAUAGCAGGAUUACCACCGAAGGGUGUGCUCGCGAACAACGUUGUCAUUGUGCGGCCUGCACUAUUAACGGACGGGGAAUGCAGAGCUGAGGGGCUAAAGGGAGGGUACAGGGUCAGGUCGGACGACGAUCUAGCGGUCACUGGGGGAUACAAUGUGAGCAGACAGGACGUGGCGCAUUUUAUCGCAGAAAGAGUGCUUGGAGAGGAAUGGGCGACAUGGGCGGGGAAGGGUGUAAGCUUAGCCUAUUGA